AUAUAAUUCUACUAAAAAUAUUAAUCUUUGUGGUACAGUGUCAUUUUCUCCCUUUUGUUGUCUCUGUUGACCUGCGAAACUGCCUUGUUUUUGUGAAAUUAUCAAUCUAAUUGUGCUCGAUUGGGAGCACUUUACUGCAUCACGCUAUUGCUUUGGCUGGCACUAGGCGGCAUGGGAUUCACCCCAUCUCUUUCUUCUUUGCCAGACACAAUUUAUUUGUUAAGAAAAAAUACAGGCGAGGGGGAGUUCAAUUCAACCUUCAAUUACUUCUUCUCAAUUUUCAUUCUUCUCAAGUAUUUUGACGGAAUAUCUCAUCAAAUUCACAUGUUCACAUGUUUUCCAGCUGAUGAAUAGCUUAAUCCCAUCAAGACAUUUUCCUCCUCCCCUCUGUAGUGUGAAUUCAUAUCUAUUGUUGUUUCGAAAGAGACUUUCUGGAGAUCGAUCAGUGCACGGACAACUCUGUGACUGUUAUCCGAAGAAGAGGAUUAAUGAGGAUUCAAAACGGUGCCGUAUUGGGUGUCCACGCUUUUCUCAUAUGAUUGCCCAAACCCUGGACACCUCCAGGGAGUGCCAACCAUGGAGAUUAGUAGCGAUCCCCCAGCGAAGGCGGCUGCGUCUCUGAGGUGGGCCAUCCUUCGCCACGUCUUUCUUCGUCGUCCCUCUUCUUCAAACCUUGAUGACGACCAAUCUCAGAAUUGCAUCAAGCGCAUCUCGAGGAAGACAACGCAGGGCUUCAACUUGAUUCCCUCUCAGCUACAACAUUCAGCUCCUUUGUCAAAAUCAAACCACUCGAGUGGUUCCAGGGACGCUAGUGUGUGCUACACAUUGCCCAUUCCCAGUUCGCCCAAGCUCUUCCUAACCCAAAGAGUGGACAACUGUGCCAACCUGAAUGAUUUUGAGAUCAGUAACAAGUAUGAUAUUGACAACACUGGACUUGUUUGUCAUUGGCCGUCGGAAGAUGUCCUUGCUUAUUUCUGCUUGUCACACGAGGGCAUGUUUAGGUCCAAAAGAGUCAUUGAACUUGGAUCAGGCUACGGUUUAGCUGGAUUAGUUAUUGCAGCUGCCACUGAGGCUACCGAAGUUGUAAUAUCAGAUGGGAACCCACAAGUUGUUGAUUAUAUUCAGCAUAAUAUUGAGGCUAACUCUGAAGCCUUUGGUGGUACAACGGUGAAGCCCCUGAUUUUGCAUUGGAAUCAGGAGGAACCCUCAAAUAUUUCUGGCUCUUUUGAUGUAGUCAUUGCCAGUGACUGCACUUUCUUUGAGGAAUUCCACAAAAGCCUUGCUCGAACUGUCAAAAGCUUGUUAACAAAGGCAGGGCCCUCUGAAGCUGUAUUUUUCAGCCCGAGAAGGGGCAACUCAUUGGACAAAUUUCUGGAGGAAAUCAAAGAGAGUGGCAUGCAUUAUAGCAUAACUGAGAACUAUGAGACACAGGUCUGGAGGCAUCAUCAGAGGUUUGUAAAUGGUGAUGACUCCUGGCCCAACUAUGAAGAAGAUCACUGCUAUCCAUUGUUGGUCAGAAUUACACACUGAUAUCUGGAAUCCAUUUUCUAGGUGAUUGAUAUUUUGAUUAUUUGGUUAGCUUCCUUUUAAGGUUGAUUGACCUGUGUAUGCUAGUUCUUCCUGGAUCUUUAGAAUAUCAUGUGCGCACUGUUACAUUGUCUAGUUCACUGAGUCCUGGAGACAUUUCUAUUGUACAUUGUUCACCACCACACUAUUUUGUAGGUCUUUUACAGAUUCAGUUUUUGCCAAUUGUAAAGGAAAUCAUUGGGUCUUUGUUUUUUUCCCUUGAUCUUUUCUAGCUGGGAAUUGCAUAUUUUAACUUAAUAUUAGGUGAGUGCACCAACACUUUUUUUGACAUGGAAAAAAGAUUCCUUAUCACCA